AUGUACACGCAUGAUUUUCUGCUUAACAUACAGAAGUGUGAUCGUCUGAUCGCUAAUUUUAAUAGAUAUAUAAUAUAUAUAUGUUAUAUAUGUUUAGUAUGGAAUAAACGGAAAAUAUUUUCUUUAUUAUUAAUAAAGAUUAUAAAUAAUUUGUCACACAGUGAUAACGCGUCAACAAUAACGUUUGUGAAAACGUUUUCCUUAUCUUUAAAAUCUUUCCUUAAAUUCAAAAUUAUUUUUACUUUUCUUUCACUUUCAGGUGGUUUGGGUCAAUUGGGCAUUGAAUGCGCCAAACUAUUGCGUUCUCAGUAUGGUGACAGUAAUGUCAUUUUAUCUGAUAUUAUUAAACCUAGUCAAGCGGUCGUCGAAAGUGGACCAUAUAUAUUUGCUGAUAUUUUAGAUUUUAAAGGCUUACAAAAGAUUGUUGUCGAUCAUCGUAUCGAUUGGUUGAUACAUUUCUCUGCCUUAUUGAGUGCAGUAGGUGAACAAAAUGUACCGCUGGCGGUAAGAGUCAACAUUGAAGGCGUUCAUAAUGUCAUCGAACUUGCUAAACAAUAUAAUUUACGUAUAUUUGUACCAAGUACUAUUGGUGCCUUUGGUCCCGACAGUCCACGCAAUCCCACACCAAAUGUUACAAUUCAACGUCCUCGUACCAUUUAUGGUGUUUCGAAGGUUCAUGCUGAACUGAUUGGAGAGUAUUAUUAUCAUAAGUUUGGUUUAGAUUUUAGAUGUCUACGUUUCCCCGGUGUUAUUUCCAGUGAUCCACCAGGUGGUGGCACUACUGAUUAUGCCGUUGCUAUUUUCCAUGAGGCUUUGAGAACUGGCAAAUAUCAGUGCUACCUUAAGCCAGAUACCCGUUUACCCAUGAUGUAUAUCGAGGAUUGCUUGAGAGCUCUUCUCGAAUUCAUGCGUGCCCCCUCAGAACAACUUCAACGUCGUGUUUACAACGUCACUGCCAUGUCGUUUACACCCGAAGAAUUAGUCGAUAAACUUAGCAAAUAUGUACCCAAUUUACAUGUGACCUAUAAGCCUGAUAGUCGUCAAUUGAUUGCUGACUCUUGGCCCCAAGUAUUCGAUGACUCUGAGGCUAGACGUGAUUGGAAUUGGCAACAUAAAUAUGAUUUAGAUAAUUUGGUCGAUUUUAUGGUCAAAGAUGUUCAAGAAAACUAUAUUAAUGUUGAUAAUCAAGCUGAUCGUGCCACAGCUGAGAAUUAAUCAAUUCGAAAAUGUUCGUUUAGUUUGAUUAAAGUAUUCAGUUUUGUCGUAGUUUUUUUAUUAUUAUUUUGUUAAAAUAUUUUCGAAGAGAUUUUUUUUAAAGUGCAUUUAAUUGUUAUAAAUAUUUUAGAAUAUGUAAUAUGUAUAG